GCGUGCGUGUGUUCCUUUGAUUGUCUUCGUCGUACUGAUAAAUCCUCGAAGCCAUUUCGCGGUCGCGAUGGGCUUCUUUGAUUUUUUCUAAACGAGGGGUCGGUGCGCUCGUAGAAAAAUCUAUGAGUGUAUGUCGAUGACUGUGUGCUCCUUCGAUGCCUCGGCUCGCAGGAUUGACUGAAUUGCAGCUACCCUUGGCGCUCGGUGCGCUCAUUUAAGAGCUCGUGAGAUUUCAGAAUCAAAGUGUGAGCUCGAAGAUUGCCCCCGAGUCACAGUACCCUGUCGGAGGCAAUUUCGAUUGGACAUUGCGUCUUCUUCACCGAAGUGUCAGUAUAAUUCUUCGCAAUGUCGACUGCUGGGCAAGUUAUCAGCUGCACAGCGGCUGUGGCUUGGGAAGAGAACAAGCCUCUGACCCUUGAAACCAUCCAAGUUGCACCACCGGGAGCGAACGAAGUCCGUGUGAAGCUACUCUACGGGGCAGUUUGUCAUACUGACAUCACAUUUAUGACUGGAAAGGCCCCAGCGGAAAAAAUUUUCCCUCGAAUUUUCGGCCACGAGGCUGCUGGGGUGGUCGAGAGCGUCGGACCAGGAGUGUCAGAGUUCGCCGAGGGCGAUCACGUCAUCCCUUUGUACCAAGCCGAGUGCUCGGAGUGUGCCCUCUGUCAUGUCAAGUCCAGCAAUCUCUGCACGUACACUCUGACCAUGACCGGGGGGUACAUCCACCCGAGCCAAGAGUGUCGAUUCUCCAAAGACGGAAAGCCGAUCCACCACUUCUUCAACACCUCGACCUUCUCCCAGUACACCGUCGUGAAUCAAGCGAAUCUGGCGAAAGUCGAUCCCAAGGCCCCUCUCGACAAGGUGUUCCUGUUGGGCUGCGGUGUCACCACAGGUCACGGUGCUGUGAAUAAGGUCGCCGAAGUGCAACCCGGGACUUCUGUGGCGGUAUUUGGACUCGGAACAGUUGGCCUUUCUGUUGUCCAUGCAGCUGCCCGAGCUGGUGCUACGAAAGUGAUCGCGGUGGACAUCAAUCCCAACAAGUUCGCUCUAGCCAAGGAGUUCGGAGCAACGGACUGUCUAAACCCCAAGGACUUCGAGAAACCAAUCCAACAGGUUUUGAAGGAAAUGACACACGGGCAGGGAGUGAUGUACAGUUUUGAGUGCGUCGGUGGCAAUAAAGAAGUCGUGACAUCCGUCAUCGAAUGCUGCAACCCAAUUAUGGGAACAGCCUCGAUGUUGGGAACUCCCGAGGCCGGAGCGACGAUUGAAGUAAACGCGGUGUUCAUACUUAUGGGUUUGAAACUCAAAGGAGCGAUGUUCGGGGGCUACAGAGGGAAGACAGAUGUUCCCAAGCUGGUGGACUUGUACAUGAACAAGGGACUUGACCUGGACAAGUUCAUCACUGAUACACUACCUUUCUCGCGCAUCAAUGAAGCCUUUGAUAAACUGCAAGCUGGAGAAUGUCUUCGGAUUGCGCUGGAUUACAGCAAGUAAGAAGCUGCUUUUGUAAGCUUCAGCGGAGACGUCACUGCAGAUUGAUCGAUAAAUUCAUCAAAAAAAUCUGAUGAAUUAUUGCAUAUAGCGAAAGAGUUGAAAAACAAAAAGUGACCCUUUGCACUAAAGAUUCACAAAUAAAUAGUACUCGAAAGGUAUUUACACGGCAAGCGUGUCCAGAUUGUCACCCUGGCACACUCUGCUGGUGCUAUAAACGCCUUGUGAGGCUCGGACCCUUCUGCAUGCGAGGUGUAGGGGUUUAAACGUAUACAGGGAAGAAAUUCCAUUUCGUAACACUGUAUGUCAGCAAAGGCAAAUCAAGGAUUAGCAUCACGAUCGUCAAGAUCACAGCAGAGAAUAAAUAUGUGACCACACCUUGUGAAUCUCGUUUCCUUUCAGGGUACUCCGAGGUGUAAGGUAAUUCUCGAUUGAUUGCCGAUCUCUGGUCUUAUGUUGCACUUCAUUAUGACGGUCCGACACCCCUCACUGCCAGCAACAUCAGUCAAAGCUUUCGCCCCAAAAUGUCACUCUGCUAGACGCAUACCGAAGUCCUUUGCUCGGU